AUGAAUCAACUGACGUUGAGACCGCGCAAAGCGGUGGAGCCGGAACCAAUGGAGAAUUGGGACGACGACGAUUUGGAGAUUGGAGGAGACGAUCUCACCUUUCGGAGCGCGUCAUUAGCUACCACUUCAGCUUCACAGCACAGAGACUCUAUAUCAUCCAGGUUAUCUAUUCGAUCAGACUUCGAUUCGAAUCACGGAGAUGAGGAAAAGCAAGUUCAUGUGCCCGGAGAUGACGAACGCUCGACCAUCGAUGCCAUAGCGACAGCCACCAAAGCCGGCAUCCCCAUACCACAAAACGUUCCUGCUUCGGCUCUGUUGGGCGGCACCAUAAAACGACUUGGAGGCAGAAAGAUCAAAAAGAUGAUCCAAGAAGACUGGGAAGAUGGAGAUCUGGAACUACCUAUGGAUGGCGGAUUGCAGAUAAAGCGACAGGAUGGCUCAAACUUCCCGGAUGCGCUGCGACAAGUGAGCGGUCCCACAUCAACGCAAGCAAGUCCAGUGAAACAUCUCCAGCCCGCACCCAAAUUCAACAUAAGCCCACGACCCGAUCUAAGGCCAAAGCCAGCCUCAUCCAAUCUUCUUGACCGUUUCCGUAAUGAAGAAGAGGAUGACUUCUUCGGAGAUGGAGGGGAUACAAUCAAGGUCGUGAAGAGCCGCCAAGUACCGAGAUUGAUACCUCUUAUAACUCCGCCCACUCCACAGAAGGGAGAAAAGUCCGCGAAAGCCGAGGACGACUUCGAAGAAGACCUUCAACUGCCUACAGAUGGCGAGCCUCUGAAGCUGUCCACUCGUCGGGAAAUCCCCAAGACACCUGCGAGUUCGCAAGACGAUUUCGACGAAUGGGGCGAAGGUGGUAGUCUUGGAACGAGAAAUGGUGGCAAACGAGAUCGUACAUCCAAUAGAAGCUCUUCUGCAUCUGCUCUUAGUCCCAGCGUAUCCAGCUCGCUGACAAUUGAAAGUGAGGACGAAGGUCUUGAUGGGCUUGUACUACCAACCGGGCCAAUUCCAUUCGAGGAUAUCUUGAAGAGAAGACAGCAGGAUCGGUCGCCUGAUCAUCAGCUCGAAGACAAGCCAGCAAGUAAAGCUGCAGAAGUUAAGGAGGAUUUCUUGUCUGGCCUUGAGAUUGGAGAUGGAGAUGUGUUUGACUCUAGCAAGCUCACUCUCAAUCGCAACAUCAAGCUGAAGACUACUCGUCAGACAAGUCCGACACGACCAAAAACGGCGGUCUCAUUGAUUUUUACUAACAACAAGCCUGCGUCGGCUGGCCCAUCGCGCCUUCCUCGUCCACUGAUUGGUCACGAACGUGCACCUUCUGCUCUCGAACCUGUUUCUGAAAGUGCGAAACCAUUAGGCUCACGCUAUGAGAGACCGCCUUCCCGUACGGAUAGCAGCAGACCUAACUCAGUGUCUCGGCCCAAGACUCCCGUCGAGCGUGAUCGUUCCGGAGCCGAAUCAAGUAUGUCCCAUGCCAGAAAGAAUCCCGUACCUUUUCUACCAGCAGGUGCAUCAGGUUCCCAGUCCCACCAUGUCACAAUCAAAACCUCACGUCACUUCCGCCGUCAUGAUUCCGAAUCUUCUAAUGCCAGUUUCGAGCUGCGGCCGUCCUCUCGAGCCGUUUCGAGGUCAACUAUGAGGUCGCCAAGCCCCCGACGCAGGGGCGCGGAAGCAUUGGCCAAGGAUGCGGCCGUCAAGCGACAGAUCACAAAGCCUGUAAGACGUAGGCACUUUGGUGAUGGAUUCGAGUUGGACGGGUUUGAUGAUCUACCUACAUCUCGAGACACCGAACAACGCUUCAUGAAAGAGCCUGUUGGUCGUGGCCCACCAAAGCAGUCAGCCCUGCGCAACAAAAUCCACCAGGAAACCUUGCCAUCUCGAACCACAACGCCGGCUCCACUCACACCAUACUCCGCCAGAUCGAGAGAUGAAUUGCCCCGAUUUGCUCGGGAUACAAAUGCUAGUCGCAUGGCAAGAGAACACUCACUUGCACAACGUGCUCCUUCCGCUCAAGGUGCUCCUCUCGCUGCCUUAACCAAUCAAUGGAAAGCAAAAGUGGCUGCAACGACAGGAUUGAGCAAUGUUCAUGCGCAAGGCCUAAAACCAAAGAAACCUCGAGGCCCUCCACAAAAGCCUCAGCUGAUUAAGCCGCUGGGUAACUUGAACAAUGCAAAAUCUGUCAAAGGAAUGUGGUAUAAUCCCUCCACGUAUCGCUGGGAGGGUAAUGAGAACGACCUCAGCCCCUUUGACCAAGUAUCCACUCCAUCCACGGCAUCUGUUCCCUCUCAUUACUUCCGUGAAAAAGACCAUCAGAUCUAUCGCGAGAAGGAGAAUAGCACACCACGGCCAGCCCUCAUCCAGAAUGUCAACUCGUCGCAAAAUGUACAAGUUGUUGGCGGAAUGGUCUUUGAUCCUCUGCGAAUGUGCUGGCUCAAGAUGCCUACUCAACCGUCUCGAGGCAAGAGCGAUGCCGGUGACACAAUGGACGGUUUCGACGCUUUUGAUGAUGAGGAAGAUGUCUUCAAGGACGUACCCGACCUUGAGGAUAACCCCACCAAAGAAGCUGAAGAAGUCGGUGGCAGAAAAAGCGAAGGGGCCAGUGGCCUGAAAGACGAUUGGCUUGUGGGUGAGGAGUUUGAUGUCGGGCCCGAGUUCGUCAAGCGACAGAGAGAAGAAGAGGAGAGGUGGCGUAGGAAGUGCGAGAAAUGGGUUGGUGCCAUCGUUGAUAGAGGAGGAGAGGAAUGGCGAUGGAGUAUCAGGGAUGUCGUCAACCAAUAAUCAGUAUAUCACGCUGGAGUAGAUCUAUAAGCAUGGAGCAUGGCGUGGACUCUGUAUAUUGAUUUUUGGCUGGACUGGGUCAAGACCUAAGGAGAAAGGGGAGCACUAGUUUGCAUGGGUCAACGGCGCUCUUAAGCAUAUUGAUUGAUCCCUUGGGAUAGAUAUGAUAUGGAUAGUAUCGAUAGAUACUAGGUACGAAUGUUACGACGGUUAUGAUUGUCAUGUCUCGUGGGUGUUCUGGAAUUACCUUUUGUGUCGAGGUCCAUUUUGACCCCUGACCAGCUCUUCUAGAAAAGCAUCUUGUAGAUUUAUUUAAUACCAUACCCU